GCUGCCCCCAACACUGGGAAAAAAAUGGGGGAAAAUGCUACUUCUUUUUCCAAAUGCAGAAAAAAAAUGACUGGAAUGCCUCCCGUAGAGAAUGUACUGACAUGAAUUCAGACCUAGUGAUCAUUGAAAACAAAGAAGAACUGCAUUAUCUUAAGUCACGAUCAAGGGGUCAUUACUACUUACUUGGUCUCACAUAUUCCAUGAGAGAGAAGAAGUGGAAGUGGAUUAACAAUAUGGAACAUAGCACAAACAUGUUUAAUAUAGAAGGAGACUAUUAUGACUACCACUGCACUGUCAUUGGAUAUGACCAAGUAGCAACUGCAUCUUGUGGUGGAAGCUCAACAACGCAAAACAUGUGUGAAAAAGCUGCAAAUAUUUCCUAAAUUCAGAAGAAGAGCUAAAACCAAGAGGUUCAGGACUCUUACAGGCUCCCUCUAGACACCUUGCCAAGCUUGGUACAUUUUUUCCCACGAUGGGUGUCUGAGACUGGAUGGAUCCCCAUCUAGAUGAGCCUGCAUUUUCACACGUUAGGAGUCUGG